GAAAACAUCUGAAUAAGAAGAGAGGAAGAUAGAAGAAGACAAAAGAGAAGAAGAAAGAAAAGCAUCAUGGACGCUCUGAAGAAGGGAUUCUCCAUGGCCAAGGAUGGCGUGGUGGCCGCCGCCGAGAAGACGAAGGCCGGUGUGGGGGAGGCCGCCGCCAAGACCAAGGAGGGAGUCUUCUAUGUCGGAAACAAGACGAUGGAGGGAGUGGUGACAGGUGUGAACACAGUCGCCCAGAAGACGACCGAACAGGCCAAUGUCGUGGCCGACACUGCGGUUACCGGGGCCAACGAGGUCGCCCAGGCAACGGUGGAGGGGGUGGAGAACGCAGCUGUGGCGAGCGGAUUCGUCAGCACGGAGGAGGCGGGACCAGUGGCUGAGCAGACUGACCUUCCAAAGACAGAAGCAGGAGAACAGACUGAACAGGCUGCACAGUAGACUCGCUCACUGAGGACGAACGACCGAAGACCAACUACACAUUUUAGCCGAGGCUCCUCCCUUUGACCUCUGACCCCUCCAACCCUGAAAGAUGCUUUACCUACUGUGUGUAACUUAACCUCAUUAACCAAUAGAAAGCCUCAUCCUCAUCGUCCCUCCUGUUGCCGUGGUUACACUGCCUCUGCAUCAUACUCGUCACUUGUCGCACACACACACUGACGUCAGAUCAGUUUAAUCAGGUCGCGUGCUCUCAGCUGAUUGGUCGGUGUGGGAUGAAAUCACCCAGGCCAAGUGUUCAGAGACAUCUGAGGCCUUUUAAAUGCAUGUCGCUUUACUGACCCACACUGAGAAUACCACACACACACACACACACACACACACACACACACACACACACACACACACA